AUGGCCAUUACCAGCACGCAGGGAUCUCCUCUCACAAGCACGGGGGGAAAUAUUUCAUCCCUCCCCUCAGAAACUUGCUCUCUGGGCCUGGCCCGUGAGAGGCUAAAUCUGGAUGCAGCUGGGUUACCUCCGAAAGUGAUAGAGACAAUUCAGAACGUGAGGGCUGCCUCGACACGUUCUUUAUAUAAUCUCAAAUGGAGGGUGUUUGAGGGAUGGUGCGCCGAUAGAAACAUUGUUCCUUUCUUGUGUUCAGCUUCGGAUGUGAUGUGCUUCCUACAGGACCUUCUGGACAAGGGCAGAGCCUUUUCUACAGUUAAGGUUUAUCUGGCCGCUAUCUCGGCAUGUCAUGUGGGUCUUAACACGGGUACUAUUGGCCAACACCCUCUCGUCUGUCGAUUUAUGAGAGGGGCAUGUAUCGAAGUAUCGAAGCUGCUGGUCCCGCCUUGGGAUUUGUCCAUAGUUCUGAACGCGCUCUCAAAAGCCCCUUUCGAACCCAUUGAUAACAUUGCCUUGAAGCUGCUCACUUUGAAGACGGCUCUGUUACUUGCUCUCACUACAGCAAAAAGGGUGAGUGAGCUACAUGCUUUAUCUAUUCACUCCUCAUGUAUGAUGUUUGCUCCGGGGGGUCGAAGAGUAACUUUUAGACCUAACCCGGCGUUUGUGCCUAAAGUGUUUGAUCACGCUGGUGCAGUUCAAUCAGUGGACCUGCUAGCUUUUCAUCCACCGCCCUUUUCAUCCCCAGAGGAGGAGAGGUUACACAGUUUAUGUCCGGUUCGUUCUCUGUAUACGUAUGUUCAGAGAACCUGCACACUUCGUAAGAGCAAUCAGCUUUUUGUCUCAUGGGCUGACUCUUACAAAGGAAAGCCUAUCUCCCGUCAGCGUCUUUCCCACUGGGUGGUGGAGGCUAUCGUGUUAUGUUACAAUAAUAUGAAUAAAGAGCCCCCAAUAGGAUUACGAGCACACUCAACUAGAGGUAUGGCUACAUCCUGGGCUCUGUUUAAGGGCAUUUCUAUUCAAGAAAUUUGCGCGGCAGCCAGCUGGUCUUCUCCGCACACAUUUGCUCGUUUCUAUAGACUGGAUGUGACAGAACCAUCUCUGGCCCACUCAGUUCUGGGAGUGAGUAGUCAGGGGGUAUAAUGCAAUUUAUUAAGGGGAGUAUUCCUUUGCAUUCUGUUUCACCUCAGUUGGGCUUUAUGAUUCAGAUAAUAACCUACUCUUUCUUUAGUCUGCUUCGUCAGCAUAUCGGCAAUACGGGAGUGGUCUAUAUCCCAUAGUGAGA